AUGGACUCCAACUCAGUGAAGCAAGCGAUUAUCAAGCAGAUCCUGCUAGAGUCGAAUACCAACAAUGCCCGCCAGCUGAUCGAGAAGAUUAACGAGAACUGCUUCGAGAAGUGCAUUCCGAAGCCCGGCACAUCCGUUUCGAGCGGCGAGCAGACUUGCGUUACUCAAUGCAUGGAGAAAUACAUGGCAGCUUGGAACCAGGUCAACGCUUCAUACCUACGCAGGAUACAACAGGAGGUCGGAAACUCGGGUCUAUGA